CGCCGCCAUUUUGUUUGGCUGGAGGGGAGCGAGCGGCGCUUUGGGGGAGGGGUCGCGUAGGCGCCUCACCUGACCCUGCAGCCGGGCGGUCGCUGCUCCGGGGCAAGUCUCCUUCCAGGCCAGGGGCCCGGAAUCAUGUACAUAAAGCAGGUGAUUAUCCAGGGUUUUCGAAGUUACAGAGAUCAAACAAUUGUAGAUCCCUUCAGUUCAAAACAUAAUGUGAUUGUGGGCAGAAAUGGAUCUGGAAAAAGUAACUUUUUUUAUGCAAUUCAGUUUGUUCUCAGUGAUGAGUUUAGUCAUCUUCGUCCAGAACAGCGGUUGGCUUUAUUGCAUGUGAGUGAGACUGCUUUAAGACAUUAUAUCGAUAAAGAGGAAGUUUCACUUCGAAGAGUUAUUGGUGCCAAAAAGGAUCAGUAUUUCUUGGACAAGAAGAUGGUCACGAAAAAUGAUGUGAUGAACCUCCUUGAAAGCGCUGGUUUUUCUCGAAGCAAUCCUUAUUAUAUUGUUAAACAAGGAAAGAUCAACCAGAUGGCAACAGCACCAGAUUCUCAGAGAUUAAAGCUAUUAAGAGAAGUAGCUGGUACUAGAGUGUAUGAUGAACGAAAGGAAGAAAGCAUCUCCUUAAUGAAAGAAACAGAGGGCAAACGGGAAAAAAUCAAUGAGUUGUUAAAAUACAUUGAAGAGAGAUUACAUACUUUAGAGGAAGAAAAGGAAGAACUAGCUCAGUAUCAGAAGUGGGAUAAAAUGAGACGAGCCCUGGAAUAUACCAUUUACAAUCAGGAACUUAACGAGACUCGUGCUAAACUUGAUGAGCUUUCUGCUAAGCGAGAGACUAGUGGAGAAAAAUCCAGACAGUUAAGAGAUGCUCAACAGGAUGCAAGAGAUAAAAUGGAGGAUAUUGAACGCCAAGUUAGAGAAUUGAAAACAAAAAUUUCAGCUAUGAAAGAAGAAAAAGAACAGCUUAGUGCUGAAAGACAAGAACAAAUUAAGCAGAGGACUAAGUUGGAGCUUAAAGCCAAGGAUUUACAAGAUGAACUAGCAGGCAACAGUGAACAAAGGAAACGUUUAUUAAAAGAGAGGCAGAAGCUGCUUGAAAAAAUAGAAGAAAAGCAGAAAGAACUGGCAGAAACAGAACCUAAAUUCAACAGUGUAAAAGAGAAAGAAGAACGAGGAAUUGCUAGAUUGGCUCAAGCUACCCAGGAAAGAACGGAUCUUUAUGCAAAGCAGGGUCGAGGAAGCCAGUUUACAUCAAAAGAAGAAAGGGAUAAGUGGAUUAAAAAGGAACUCAAGUCUUUAGAUCAGGCUAUUAAUGACAAGAAAAGACAGAUUGCUGCUAUACAUAAGGAUUUGGAAGACACUGAAGCAAAUAAAGAGAAAAAUCUGGAGCAGUAUAAUGUAAGAACAUUUAUAGCCACUUUACCUAUCACAUAUGUUUUGUUUAUAGGUGACCAGGUCAGUCAUCGAGGUGCUCUAACUGGGGGUUAUUAUGACACAAGGAAGUCUCGACUUGAAUUGCAGAAAGAUGUUAGAAAAGCAGAAGAAGAACUAGGCGAACUUGAAGCAAAGCUCAAUGAAAACCUGCGCAGAAAUAUUGAAAGGAUUAAUAAUGAAAUUGAUCAGUUGAUGAACCAAAUGCAACAGAUUGAGACCCAGCAAAGGAAAUUUAAAGCAUCUAGAGAUAGCAUAUUAUCAGAAAUGAAGAUGCUAAAAGAGAAGAGGCAGCAGUCAGAGAAAACCUUCAUGCCUAAGCAACGUAGCUUACAGAGUUUGGAGGCAAGCUUGCAUGCUAUGGAGUCUACCAGAGAAUCAUUGAAAGCAGAACUGGGAACUGAUUUGCUUUCUCAACUGAGUUUGGAAGAUCAGAAGAGAGUAGAUGCACUGAAUGAUGAGAUUCGUCAACUUCAGCAGGAAAACAGACAGUUGCUAAAUGAAAGAAUUAAAUUAGAAGGUAUUAUUACUCGAGUAGAGACUUAUCUCAAUGAGAAUCUGAGAAAACGCUUGGACCAAGUAGAACAGGAACUUAAUGAGCUGAGAGAGACAGAAGGGGGUACUGUUCUCACUGCCACAACAUCAGAACUUGAAGCCAUCAAUAAAAGAGUAAAAGACACUAUGGCACGAUCAGAAGAUUUGGACAAUUCCAUUGAUAAAACAGAAGCUGGAAUUAAGGAGCUUCAGAAGAGUAUGGAGCGCUGGAAAAAUAUGGAAAAAGAACAUAUGGAUGCUAUAAAUCAUGAUACUAAAGAACUGGAAAAGAUGACAAAUCGGCAAGGCAUGCUAUUGAAGAAGAAAGAGGAGUGUAUGAAGAAAAUUCGAGAACUUGGAUCACUUCCCCAGGAAGCAUUUGAAAAGUACCAGACACUGAGCCUCAAACAGUUGUUUCGAAAACUUGAGCAGUGCAACACAGAAUUAAAGAAGUACAGCCAUGUUAACAAAAAGGCUUUGGAUCAGUUUGUAAAUUUCUCAGAGCAGAAAGAAAAGUUAAUAAAGCGACAAGAAGAGUUAGAUAGGGGUUACAAAUCGAUCAUGGAGCUGAUGAAUGUACUUGAACUUCGGAAAUACGAAGCUAUUCAGUUAACUUUCAAACAGGUAUCCAAGAACUUCAGUGAAGUAUUCCAGAAGUUAGUACCUGGUGGCAAAGCUACUUUGGUGAUGAAGAAAGGAGAUGUGGAGGGCAGUCAGUCUCAAGAUGAAGGAGAAGGGAGCGGUGAGAGUGAGAGGGGUUCUGGCUCACAAAGCAGUGUCCCAUCAGUUGACCAGUUUACUGGAGUUGGAAUUAGGGUGUCAUUUACAGGAAAACAAGGUGAAAUGAGAGAAAUGCAACAGCUUUCAGGUGGACAGAAAUCCUUGGUAGCUCUUGCUCUGAUUUUUGCCAUUCAGAAAUGUGACCCAGCUCCAUUUUACUUGUUUGAUGAGAUUGACCAGGCUCUGGAUGCUCAGCACAGAAAGGCUGUGUCAGAUAUGAUUAUGGAACUUGCUGUACAUGCUCAGUUUAUUACAACUACUUUUAGGCCUGAACUGCUUGAGUCAGCUGACAAAUUCUAUGGUGUAAAGUUCAGAAAUAAGGUUAGUCAUAUUGAUGUGAUCACAGCAGAGAUGGCCAAAGACUUUGUAGAAGAUGAUACCACACAUGGUUAAUUGGAAAAUACUACCUACUGGUUUGGGAGAUGUGUAUAGUAAUGAUUCUCAUACCCAGGAACUGUGAAUUUAAACCUAAAUAUUUGGCCAUUAUUAAUAGUUUUCAGACUUAAAGCAUCAUAGUCCUUUUAUAUUUGUCUUUGUAUUUUAUAAGAUACUCUGUAAUGUCAUGUUUGUACUUAUAGUUUAAGAAUUUUAUUUCCUGUACAACUUUUUGUAAAAUGUCCUGCUAUUUUAAAUCUUUUGAAACAUGCUAAAUAUUCUUUCCUAAUUGUUUUAUCACUUAUACUGCCUUUUUUAUAGCUUCAAUUAAAUAAUUGGUUUAUGACUAAU